CAGCAUUGGCGGAGCGAGCUCGCCGCGAUUGUCCGGGGUUGGCUACAAUUGAACCCGCGCGCGCCUCACUAGCUCCGCAUUUUUGAAAUAUCCGACGGAUGGGGAAUUUCGAGCGCUUGAAACACCGAUACGAUACGGACUUGAAGGACACCUGCAUGCGGGAAGAGUGCGAAACAUCUAAUAAGAAGGAGCAAUCAACACUGUAAUAUAUAACAGCCCAUGCCAUCUAGAUAUCUACGAAUUGUAGAAACAUCAAGGACCACUUCCUUCAUACGAUCAGGAAAACCGAAUUCAUUUACUCACAUUAUCAUCACCCAAAGACAUUGACUUUCAUACCAACUUACAAUUCGUCGAUAUGACCUCCAAUUUACAACAAGUUGUUCCAGCGGUGCAGUUGAUCGCGAUUGCGGGCACAGGAUGCCUCACCGGUCUCAUAGCAUCCUUCACAUACUUUGGUGUACCAACCGUGAUGCUCGCACCGGACAACCUAGCAGCACGACAAUGGAAACAAUUAUACGUACUCGGCAAAGCCAGCAUGCCUCCAUUCGCGGUUGUCUGCUCCACAGCAUUUGCAUUUCUCGCAUAUCAAUCACGCGGAAUUCACAGCAAAUUUCCAUUCGCGGUUUCAAACCUGUACAUCGCUGCAGCUAUCAGUAUUCCAAUGAUCGUUCCCUACACACUGGGACCAAUGCAUGCUAGCGUCAAGGCUCUUGAAGCAAAAGCCGAGGGCAUUGCGAGCGCACCCAAAGAUUCAGAGGUGAACGUUCCCAAGACUCGUCGCACCUACUGCAAGGGCAGGGACUGCAAGAAGCACACCCAGCACAAGGUCACCCAGUACAAGGCCGGCAAGGCCUCCCUCUUCGCCCAGGGUAAGCGUCGUUACGACCGUAAGCAAUCCGGUUACGGAGGUCAAACGAAACCCGUGUUCCACAAGAAGGCAAAGACGACAAAGAAGGUCGUGCUCCGAUUAGAAUGCACACAGUGCAAGACCAAGGCACAGCUUGCGCUCAAGCGAUGCAAGCACUUCGAGUUGGGUGGUGACAAGAAGACCAAGGGUGCCGCUCUCGUGUUCUAAGCGAUCAUGUCUUUCUUAUGGUGGCGUACGGGAUAUGGGCUGCGUGGUUAGGCUUGUAGUGCUGGAAAUCGAGCAUACUGCAUUCUUCGACAAG